UUUUGCAUAAGAACAGUUUAUUAUAUUUCUUGUGUAGUAUUUGUAGCUGCCAAACAGGAAMAUAAAACUGUCUUCAUCAUCCUAACUGCCAUAAAGUAAAAUCUAUUUUUAGACAGUUUAUUUUAUAGGAAAUUAUUUGAGCUAUUCUCUUCCUGUAAGGGCACAUGUGAGAAUAAUUACAGUGUUUCUGUGUUUAUAAUGGCUGAGGCUUCACUCUUUUGUCAUUUCUACUUUUGGUUUCAUCCAACUCGGUUCUAAGAAAUAAACUGCAUUCUGAGCAAAACUGUAGACAAAAGCCAAAUAUUUUCUCAUACCAUGCCACCUCCAAACCCAGCAUCUUAGCUCCUACUAAGCCAACCUGAUUGAUUCUUUACAUUUYUCAUUGUCAGCCAUGCUGGCAUUGGAACACUGCAGGAAUUCCCUUUAUGCAGACGGUCGUUGAUUGAAACUGCGUGAGCGGUCCAACCACGCCUGUGUGUGGCGGAGGAAAUAUAAAUUCACCUGCACGACGGCCUCCUGCACAUUCCUGAAUGAGACUGAGAGGCAUCUAUUGCACAUGAUCUCCUGUCCAGCCGUCCAGUUGUCAUGGGGUCUGAGCGUUUUCCCAUCAGCAUCCGUCUAACCGGAGUCCUUCAGAAGGAGAAGAACAAAAUGUACAUAACAUCGGUGCUUUGGUCGGAUCAGAAUGAAAUUGUAGUUUACAGAAGCUUUGAAGAUUUCAGAGAAAUGCAUAAACAGCUAAAGAAGAAGUUUUCCUCUGGAAGUAAAAUGAAAAAAUCUGACAGAAUCCUCCCUAAWUUUCAAAGUGGUGUUUUUCUUUGCUUUCUGAUUGCACAACAAACUCGAUGUCUGCAGAUGAAAGAUACAAAAAUAGCUUUGUGUAUUCGCCUUAGCAUCAUCAUCAUGCCGUCCGAGGACGAGAUCAGGAGCUACGGGAGACAGGAAAACAGCAGCGGYAACGUGACCCAGCCGUUCGUCACAGAGACCUACAGAUGUAUAGCCCCAUACGAGACCAAAGACACCAAAAACAAACCUUUCAAAGUAGCUGUGAACGAGAUGCUUGACGUUCUCAUCAAAGACAAAGCAGGGUGGUGGCUCGUAGAGAACGAGGAGAAGAGGAUGGCCUGGUUUCCUGCACCCUACCUGGAGAACCUAGACGAUGAGGAGGACGARGAGGAAGUGCACGGYACACCAUCGAGAGGGAUGCCUUACACAGUUGCCAAGAGCYACAACUCCAAAAUAGAGGAUGAAGUAAGCGUGAACAUCGGUGAAGUGGUGGAGGUCAUACGGAACCCGGAUAAUGGCUGGUGGCUCGUAAGGUAACAUUGAAUCCUUCUACAAGGCAAGGAGGUGUCCUUAAUUACUGWUAUAUGGGAUCURUAAUGUUUGUGAUUGCUCUAUGGAAGCAUUUGAAGUUUGUCAGAGUAUAUCAGUGUAUAUCAGCAUUGCGAAGAUCAACAAACACACCUC